AUGGGUAUAAGAAUGAUGCAGGAGACAUAUGAACACUAUUUUCUUAACUUUGGCAGAGGCUGGUCGCGCAUGAGAGCCCCAAUUGAUAGCGGCAUAUGCAUAAAGUGGAUUAUGCUGGUGACGAGCUUUGUAUUCAUAGAGCGACGCAGGAGGCUCUGUUUGGAAGCUGUCAAAGCAGAGAUAGGCGACACAUUUGCAAUUUGGGAAUGUGCGGGCAGUCUCUUUCCCGAAGCGCAGCACGAUCUAUUUUGUACAAAGGUCAAAACAGUAGUUCAAAACGCAGCCGAAGUUUGGCUUCCUAUUCAGCAAUCGCAAAAGAAGUUCGAGGUAGACUUCGAUCCUAUUGAUCCCGACGAUAAUGAAUGGGAUCGCUUCCCUUCUGCUGGCAAAAACACAACGCUGGUGGCACAAGAGCUUCAUGGCUUUUUUCUUCUCAAUGUCUUCCCGUGCAUCUCCUUGGUGGAAGACGUCGAUCAUGAUCCAUUGACCAAGAUCAUUCAACUCCGCAGCUCCCAGGAAUUAUACUUGGCAGCACAGCACGAAGCCACCCAAACAGCAACCUCUGCUACCACUAGAAGGUAUCCUACCCGUCCCAGGAGGCAAUCAACUGCGGGAUCGAAUGGAACACCCUUUUUAGGUGGAAAGUCAAUCAACAGCUGACUAGUGGGUUGUGGAAAAGGCUUC